GAAUUUCUCUCCAUGACUCUUCCUGUUUCAGGCUCAUUUGAUCCCAGCAUACCUGAUGAGGGCCCAUCGCCUUCUGGAUGGCUGGGGGACAUGGAUGGAAACCAGGACCAAGAAGGAGGAGACUCAUUUGAUCCAAACAUACCUGAAGAGGGACCAUCAGCGCCCCCUCCUGGAUGGCUGGAGGACAUAGAUGGAUACCAGGGGCAUAAAGAAGGUCCAGAGGACGACGAGCCGCUGUACCCUCCGCCCCCCGCCUACAACCCCCGGCCUGAGGUCAACAGGAGCACCUCGGUCCCCACCAUCCGAGUCCCGUCCAUAUCGGAGGACAUGGCACGAGACGCUUUGCUCAGGUUUGUUGAGUCCAAAUGGAAGUACAGCUCCAAACCGGCCAGGAACCUCACUUUCAAGGACCUGAAGACCGUCACCGUCUACCGGUAUCGACUAGAGACGUACACUGAGACCAGAACCAGCGCCUGGCAGUUGGAGCCCUACAACGGCCAGGCGGUGGACGGGCCCCAGUACGGGGCGAGCCCCCCACCGUGGGACAUCCCGGUGUCACCGCCGCAGAUGUACUGCAACAAGGUGGAGAAGAUCCGAGUGCCACACUCGUCCUUCGUGAAGGUGUGCCAUAAAUGCCACGGCUGUGGGAGGACACGCUGCGGCGGCUGCUUCGGCCGAGGAAUGAAACGCUGCAACUUCUGCCACGGUAACGGGCGGGCCAGAAAAAAACGCUGCACUUCCUGUCACGGCCGAGGCCGCCGCAGGUGUGUCAGUUGCCGUGGAGACGGCUACAAGACCUGCUCUGUUUGCCACGGCGCCCAGAAGCUGCUGCACUUCAUCCAGCUCACAGUCACAUGGAAAAACAAUGUGAGCUGCUUCAUCCCAGACCGCCAGCCGAACUUCCCAGACAGGAAGUUUGAGAAGGUGUCAGGCGACCCGUUCUUCAUCGACGAGAACGUUCUGGUGUAUCCAAUCCACGGCUUCCCUGACCAGGAGAUCUGCGACGUUUCAGCCAAGCUGAUCAACGAUCACCUGUAUCGCUUCACUUCCACCAGCCGCAUCCUCCAGCAGCGUCAGACCAUCGAGCUGGUGCCCCUCACUCACGCCUUUUACUCGUACGCCGGGAAGGACUACAGCUUCUACGUGUACGGGACGGAGAAAAAGGUCUUCACUUCCAAGUAUCCCACCUCCUGCAGCAUUUUAUGAGCUCAGCAUGCAGGAAAACACACACAGAUAUACCCAGAUCACUGCUGACCUCUGACCCCACAUUGUACAUACAUAUUUUUAUCUGUGAUUAAAAGAGUUAUGAACUGCUUUAAACAUGCUGCAUCAUGUUGGACCUUCAAGGUCAAAUUAGAAAAUGAAAAACUUUCAUCUGUUCUUUUAGACACCUCCAGGUGUUUAGUAGAAAAUUUUGUGCUGAAAUUAUUUUUAGAAGACAAUCUAAUAGUUUGGUUGGUUGCAACGAGUUGAAUAUUUCCACUAAAAUAUUCAUAUAAAUCUGAGGAGAGCCAGAGGAAGCAGGUUCUUCAGACUGCAGAGGGUCAGUUUGGGUCAGAUGGAGUAAAAAAGCUCUAAUGGGUCAUUAAAAACCAAACCUGAACAGAACCGAGGCACUUGGGGAUCCAGCAUACCUCCCCCUACUGGAAACCUGAGGUAUUACCAGCAAAUUAAACUAGAUCCGUUUAUCACAUUAAGGCUCAGAGUAAAAAAAAAAGUUUAUUCUUCAAUAUUUGUAACAUUUAUUAUUUAUAUCAGUUUGAAAUGAACAAAGGAAAUAUUUUCAUGUUUUAAACUUGUUGCUGUUUCAUUGAACAGCUGAUAGAGAAAAAAUAAGCUUUAGUGGAACCGGCUCAGCGCCUCUGACUGUACAUAAAAUGUUUGUUAAAAACAUGAAGAAACUUCUCCUGGUUUAUGAGAACAAAACAGUUUUUAUGUGUAUUUUAUUGAUCGUUGAAGAUUUCACCACUGUACUGUUAUAUAUGUGACUGUGAGACAAAUAAAACUAUAUUUUAUACAUC